GCUGUAUGUAAAUAAUGUUGCAUCACUUUGGUCCCCAAGACAGAACAAAAACAUAAGUCCUUCAGAAUUUUUCCUGACCCCUCAAUGUUUUUUUUUUAUUACUAUUUUGUUUAUAUCCUUAAUUUUAAUUUCCUUUUUAAUAACAAAUCUCUUGAUCCAAGAGUUCACGUUUACUUGUAACAGAAGUCUUUGUAAAUCAUAUUACCAAAAACCUCGUCUUUCUUUACUCUCUCUCUCUCUUUCUCUUUCUCAAUUGAAAAAUGUCAUCUUUCCAAAACUCCCACAUUGAUUUGGAAAUUAUUUCCGGCGACCGUCAUUACCGUCGAAGUGACGUCAGCGGAGGAGAAGAUAGUUCUUCUUGUGAUUACGACUACGAUUUCCACUCGGCUGUUCGUAGUUUUUGCGGCGAGUUUGAAAUUGCUGAUGAUGACUUGGGUGGUGAUGAAACAUAUUCCGAUUCAGAAGCCUCUCGAUCAGCCGGAGGGUCUCCAGAGAAAGAUUGCAGGAUUUGCCACUUGGGUUUAGAGAGCAAUCGCCAUGAAUGUGGGGAUCCAAUGAUUCUUGGAUGUUCUUGUAAAGAUGAUUUGGGUUAUGUUCAUAAGCAAUGUGCCGAUACUUGGUUCAAGAUCAAGGGUAAUAAGACUUGCGAGAUUUGUCGUUGCAUAGCCCAAAACUUCUCUAAAGUUGCCAAUGAGAUUGAUCAAACAUUAACAACGGUUGAAACCAAUGUGGAUGACGUGGAGGCUGGUAACAUAUCAACCGUGGUGGCUACAAGUGAUUCCGAUGACCGGAGAUUCUGGAGAGGAAAUAGAUUCCUUAAUUUCCUUUUAACAUGUAUGGUAUGUGCAUUUGUAAUCUCAUGGUUCUUUCACUUUAACUUGCCUUCACAACAAUGAGAAGAGAAGAUUUUUAAAAAUCCUCUGUUUUUUUUUUCUCUUUCUCAAAUCUCAUUUCUUUUGCUUUGUGUGGCAUUUGAUUCCUGUUUUUAGCUUUUUGCACGAGUGCAAUCAUAUCAAACAAUUGGAUCAACAUUUA